AAUUACCAAAGUUAUCAUACAGACAUUUGAGGAUCUUCACAAAAUAGUCUUAAGGGGUUUUCUUCAUCUGAAACCUUGGGCUCCAAUCACAUUGAGCUUUUCUUAGUAUUUUCCUGAAAGGCCUGGCCUUCAUGAUCAAGCAUUUAGCUCCAGCCUUAUCACAAAGGCCUCCCAGGAGAAGCUUUAACAGAGUAUCACUUUUCUGACACAUCUAGCACAGCUUGGAUCUGUGGUUUCCACUGGGCUAUUCAGGCCAAGGUUCCUGACUCAUGAUACGUAAUUAUUUACAAGCAGGGAUUGUGUCUGUUUAAAGGCAGAAUAAGGGGUGGGGGGUGGACAGUGGCACAGAGGAUUAAUUUAAUGAAAAGAGAAGAAAAACUCAGUAGUGGAGACACAGUCAUUGUUUCAUUGUUUUACUCCAUCCUUAUGGGUUUUCCUAUGUUGCUUCAGACAUGAAGUAGCUUUUGUCACAGACAAUUUAUGCUGUGUAGAUUAGGCCUUAUUGCAUUAUGCUUACCUAAAUAAGUUUACCUGAAUAAGCACAUAACCCGAAAUUUUUAUUAAAGUUUAGUACAUAUUGUCUAACUCCAUAGAGAGAUAGCCCAAGAAAACUGUGUUACUUCCCUCACACAUAUAACUAAUUUUCAAUAAAAUUGGGAUAAGAAUAAUUUAUUUUCUUCCCCACUUAGAAGCCAUCUAUAUAGAAGACCACUCAGAUGAGAUGAAAUAAGUUUUCUGCCAAAAGUUACUUUUUGAAUUUACAAUGAAAAGUGGAAGUUUGAUUUCUCUCCUUGACUUCGGCUGCAAAUUGAAGGCUUUCUCGAAUAGUUUUGGCAUGAAAGGUCAUUUAUCAUUAAAAGAUAAAAAGACAUGUGAAAUCCGGGUCCCCACGGAUCAUCUGGCAGUGGAACCUGGGUGAUUCUGUCCAGAGCAAAUUUGGGGGAUUCAACUUUUGAGGGUAAAACAAACACAAAUUCUCCCUCUCAUGGGCGUUGGUGGCGCCUGAGAGAUGCACCAAUCACAGCGCGCCCUGCCCUAUAUAAGGCGCUGAGGGGCCUGCAGCACUUUGCACUUGUUGCCGGUUUUUAUGCUUUACGGUUGUCUGCAGUGUUAUGUCCGAGACGGCUCCCGCAGCUUCGACUGUACCUGUUCCGGGCAUUAUGGAGAAGCCUCCGGUCAAAAAGCGAGGGAAGAAACCCGUUGGUUUGACUGGUGCCAGUCGCAAUGUUCGGAAUGCCUCCGUAUCCAAGUUGAUCACUGAUGCUCUGUCCAUGUCUGAAGAAAGGUCAGGGAUGUCCUUGGCCGCGCUCAAGAAAGCACUGGCAGCUGCCGGCUACGACGUGGAGAGGAAUAAUACCCGCAUCAAGCUGGCUCUGAAGAGCUUGGUGAACAAGGGGAUUUUGGUUCAGACUAGAGGCACGGGUGCCUGCGGAUCCUUCAAACUCGGCAAAAAGGCUGCUCCUGAAACAAAGGGCAAAGCCAAAAAGCCUGGAAAAUCCAAGAAGCUGGUGUUAUCCAGGGAUUCGAGAUCUCAAAAGAACGCCAAGAACAACAAGGGCGUCAAGAAGCCGAAGGCUACACCUAAGAAAACCGCCGGCAGUGGAAGGAAAGGCAAAGGGGCAAAGGGCAUUCAACAGCGCAAGAGUCCGGCGAAGGUGACCGGAGGGAAGCCCAAAGCUGGCAAGCCAAAGCUGGGCCUGCAGAAAGCUACGAAGAAGGCAACGUCGAAGUGAAGAGCUUUAAACAAAACCAGUUUUCAAAGAACCCAAAGGCUCUUUUAAGAGCCACCUAAAUAGUUUUAAAAGGGCUCAGCAUUUGACUAGAAGUCGCUGAGCAAGUUGGGGGUUGCGAUGAAGUGAAGUCAAAGCCAAUGGGCUCAAUGGAGAUCUUGAGAGGGCAAACACUGAGCUUCUUGUGUGUUUUAUUUCAUCCCUCCCUGCACAGUUGGGAGUUUAAUGUAAGGAGAGCUUGCAUGUAAAUAUCCACUCUAUUCUAGGAAUAGCCAUCAAAGGGAGAUGUAUGUGAAAGUAGCCAUCAGUUCGUUAUUUCAAUCUCCCCCCCCCUCA